CUGCUCCGAGGUUACCAAGCCAGAAUGCAGCAAGAACGUCUGCAGCUGCUACAAUUGGUAGAAGUGGGUUAGGCAGAUGGUUGCUGAACAAUGACCCAUCAAGGACUAUAGUUGUAGAAAGGAGAGGGGAGACAGGUAUCAUAUUUCCUGCCUGAGAUGUAUACUGAGUGGUAGUAAUUGCAGUGAAUCCAGCUCACUGUCUCAACAGCCACUCACCUGCACCGUCUCCUCCCCUGUUAUAACUGGACCAGCAGUUAAACAGCUGUAUAGCCUUGUCUCCCUGUCUCGUUUUCCCCUGAGCUCCAUCAGCAAGAGUAGCAACAGCAGCUGGAGAAGCGGCAGCCAGAGAUAGGCAGGGCUGGUUCUCGCAGCCGCGCAAAUCGCCUCCUUCUCAACACACACACACACACACACACACACACACACACACACACACAGCACAGACUUCCGAUAUCAACGCGUCUUGACAUAAAUCAAGGACUAAGAGAGACUAAAGAAGAGCGUUAGUCAUGGACAACAGAAGAUAUGGUCCUUGUGUGAAAUUCAAGACUCUGGUAUAAACUCUGACUGUCAAACAAUGCCCUUUUGUGGACGACAUCCUUCAGUUCUUUAACACAUUAUUGAAAUUACAAACAUCCAAAGCAGUUUCAUGUGGACAGAUUGCAUAUUUUGAAAGCCUGAGAUAUUUUAUCAUGAAACACGCCAUGUGGAAUCUUUGAAGCAUAGAUCUCUGUGCAGCAGCUGAAUAAAGAAUCUUUCACCUGGUAUGUAACAGAGCUUCUCACCACCACCAUGACAAACCAGGAAAAAUGGGCCCACCUCAGCCCUUCGGAAUUUUCCCAACUUCAGAAAUAUGCUGAGUAUUCUACAAAGAAAUUAAAGGAUGUUCUUGAAGAAUUCCAUGGUAAUGGUGUACUUGCAAAGUAUAAUCCUGAAGGGAAACAAGACAUUCUUAACCAAACAAUAGAUUUUGAAGGUUUCAAACUAUUCAUGAAGACAUUCCUGGAAGCCGAGCUUCCUGAUGAUUUCACUGCACACCUUUUCAUGUCAUUUAGCAACAAGUUUCCUCAUUCUAGUCCAAUGGUAAAAAGUAAACCUGCUCUCCUAUCAGGCGGUCUGAGAAUGAAUAAAGGUGCCAUCACCCCUCCCCGGACUACUUCUCCUGCAAAUUCAAGUUCCCCAGAAGUAAUCCACCUGAAGGACAUUGUCUGUUACCUGUCUCUGCUUGAAAGAGGAAGACCUGAGGAUAAGCUUGAGUUUAUGUUUCGCCUUUAUGACACGGAUGGGAAUGGCUUCCUGGACAGCUCGGAGCUAGAAAAUAUCAUCAGUCAGAUGAUGCAUGUUGCAGAAUACCUUGAGUGGGAUGUCACUGAACUUAAUCCAAUCCUCCAUGAAAUGAUGGAAGAAAUUGACUAUGAUCAUGACGGAACCGUGUCUCUGGAGGAGUGGAUUCAAGGAGGAAUGACAACAAUUCCACUUCUUGUGCUCCUGGGCUUAGAAAAUAACGUGAAGGAUGAUGGACAGCACGUGUGGCGACUGAAGCACUUUAACAAACCUGCCUAUUGCAACCUUUGCCUGAAUAUGCUGAUUGGUGUGGGGAAGCAGGGCCUCUGCUGUUCCUUCUGCAAGUACACAGUCCAUGAGCGCUGUGUGGCUCGAGCACCGCCCUCUUGCAUCAAGACCUAUGUGAAGUCCAAAAAGAACGCUGAUGUCAUGCACCAUUACUGGGUUGAAGGUAACUGCCCAACCAAGUGUGAUAAGUGCCACAAAACUGUUAAAUGUUACCAGGGCCUGACAGGACUGCAUUGUGUUUGGUGUCAGAUCACACUGCAUAAUAAAUGUGCUUCUCAUCUAAAACCUGAAUGUGACUGUGGACCUUUGAAGGACCAUAUUUUACCACCCACAACAAUCUGUCCAGUGGUACUGCAGACUCUGCCCACUUCAGGAGUUUCUGUUCCUGAGGAAAGACAAUCAACAGUGAAAAAGGAAAAGAGUGUUUCCCAGCAGCCAAACAAGGUGAUCGACAAGAAUAAAAUGCAAAGAGCCAACUCUGUUACUGUAGAUGGACAAGGCCUGCAGAUCACUCCUGUGCCUGGUACUCACCCACUUUUAGUUUUUGUGAACCCCAAAAGUGGUGGAAAACAAGGAGAACGAAUUUACAGAAAAUUCCAGUAUCUACUAAAUCCUCGUCAGGUUUACAGUCUUGCUGGAAAUGGACCAAUGCCAGGGUUAAACUUUUUCCGUGAUGUCCCUGACUUCAGAGUGUUAGCCUGUGGUGGAGACGGAACCGUGGGCUGGGUUUUGGAUUGCAUAGAAAAGGCCAAUGUAGGCAAGCAUCCUCCAGUUGCAAUUCUGCCUCUUGGGACUGGCAAUGAUCUAGCAAGAUGCCUGCGAUGGGGAGGAGGUUAUGAAGGUGAGAAUUUGAUGAAAAUUCUAAAAGACAUUGAAAACAGCACAGAAAUCAUGUUGGACAGGUGGAAGUUUGAAGUCAUACCUAAUGACAAAGAUGAGAAGGGAGACCCAGUGCCUUACAGUAUCAUCAAUAAUUACUUUUCCAUUGGCGUGGAUGCCUCCAUUGCACACAGAUUCCACAUCAUGAGAGAAAAACACCCAGAGAAAUUCAACAGUAGAAUGAAGAAUAAAUUUUGGUAUUUUGAGUUUGGCACAUCUGAAACUUUCUCAGCCACCUGCAAGAAGCUACAUGAAUCUGUAGAAAUAGAAUGUGAUGGAGUACAGAUAGAUUUAAUAAACAUCUCUCUGGAAGGAAUUGCUAUUUUGAAUAUACCAAGCAUGCAUGGAGGAUCCAAUCUUUGGGGAGAGUCUAAGAAAAGACGAAGCCAUCGACGAAUAGAGAAAAAAGGGUCUGACAAAAGGACCACCGUCACAGAUGCCAAAGAGUUGAAGUUUGCAAGUCAAGAUCUCAGUGACCAGCUGCUGGAGGUGGUCGGCUUGGAAGGAGCCAUGGAGAUGGGGCAAAUAUAUACAGGCCUGAAAAGUGCUGGCCGGCGGCUGGCUCAAUGCUCCUGUGUGGUCAUCAGGACUAGCAAGUCUCUGCCAAUGCAAAUUGAUGGGGAGCCAUGGAUGCAGACCCCAUGCACAAUAAAAAUUACACACAAGAACCAAGCUCCGAUGCUGAUGGGCCCUCCUCCAAAAACCGGGUUAUUCUGCUCCCUCGUCAAAAGGACAAGAAACCGAAGCAAGGAAUAAUCCUGUAUUGUUUCAUUCUUAGAAAUUGAAUUAGCAUAAUUGGGCCAUGGAACACAUAUGCUGGAAAUCUGAACCAUUUCAAGUCUCCUGCUCAUACACAAUCAUGGAAGUUGUUUAACAGGUUUUGUUACUAAGCUAAUGUAAAGUUCAGCUAUUAGAAAAUUUAUUGUCUCAGUUUUUAUAGGCAUCUUUGCAUGAAGAAAGCAGCUUACCUGAAGUGAUACUGCAUAUUUUUGUUGCAUGCAUUCCCAUAGAUUUUUACAUCUCCCACCCAUCUCUUCCCCAAUUUCCAUUUACUAACCUGUAAGAAAAACCUGUGAAACAUGAAAAAGGAAAUACCAUGGGAAAUGUGAUUCUCAGUGUGAUUCCAAUGAUUACGAAGCACUAAUCAGUAACGCUACAAUGAUCAUAAUUGCAGACUGCUAUACGUUUCCCUUUUAGAAUCAGUGUAUCAAUGACCUAUGACUUGAGGAGAAAUUUUAAUUCAAAUAUUUUAUUAAAUAGUUGACUACAAUACCUUGCUAUAUAUACAUAGUUUUUCUUCAACAUCUUAACUCUUCUGAGCGGAAAUAAAAAUAUCAGGUAUAAAGUUUUCUUGUGCUGAAAAAUAGAACGCGGUUUUUAUUUUGCUUAGCUUUCUUUUUAAUUCCAGAAAUAAGUGAAAAUAUGUUACUUGACAGUCAAGUGUGGUAAUAUGGCAAGCCUUGUUCCUUUCUGCAUGAGAAUCUAGGAGAGAAUUCAUAACCACACCAAUAACCAAAUAGAUAUUUUAAACUACGUGCCUAAUCAAUGUGUUUCCCACCAAAGAUUCAGAAAAAGAUGCUUGAGAGAAAUGGGUUAAUGCAUAAUUAAUUAAGCAUUGUGGAACAAAUUUAUGGUUCCUGUGAUUAAUUUUGUGAUGACUAAGAUGCUGGAAAGAGAGUGAGUUACCCAUUAAUUAUGAUUAAAAUUCUCACCUUUCACAGACAGACAAUAAGCCAGACAACACAAUGAAAGCUCAAUAGAUGAUUUCUUGCUUUUUUUAGUCAUUUAUAAAUAUAGAUGUAAUUUUUCAUGGAUCAGUUAAGUAUACUUGAAGGAAGUAAAUGAUUGUAUCAGUUUCUUUCUAGUAUAAAUUGGUACCUGUAAUAAUACUGAGCUCUUGGAAGGGAAUCAUGCAUGCAAUUAGCUCCCUCCUCCUCACCUACUCCACUCCCAUCUUUAUGACAUUUCAAAUGUUUAUUUGGAAACAACAGCCUAGAUCACUGUUGAAGGUGUUCAUGGCAUAGCUGGAGUCUCUGAUUGUUUUAAAAAAUCAUGGAACAGUACUUUUCUUUUAGUGUUUCAUUAAGCCUAUGUUGUAAAAUGAAAUGCUUUUGAGCAGUCUUGUAAUAUUGUUCAUUCAUAUUGACCUGCAUCUCAUCAUUGCAUGUUUUAUGUUUUCAAACAUGCCAUAAGGAAAAUGAGUGCUUGAACUGCAUGAUUUAUUAGUUUCUCUCCACUCUGCAUUAAAGUGCUAAUGAUUUAUCAGUUCUAUUUUGUUAUUGAUUCAUUCAUCUUUGAAUAACAAAUAGCAUUUAGUGAUUCUGUUGAACACAAUCCUGUGCAUGGAUUUAUGGAUUUCAAGUGAAAUUGCUAUAAUUUUAGUUCUUUGGUUUGAAAACUCAACUGAAUGCUGUUACAUUAAAUAGCUGCUCUCAAGCACUGUGCUAUAAUGGAAGAUUACGUACAAAGUGUAUUCUUUUAGUGUUCCUGGAACAUUGGAUGGUAAAUAUCAGUCAACAAUAAGCUUAAUUACUUUAAAAAUAAAAGCUUUUGAAUAAAAUUAAGACAUAAUUUAGCAUUCCCAGGAAAAUUAUGAUUACAAUUGCAAAUUUAGUACAGCAAUCACUUGCCCUGGUAUAAUAAAAAAUUGUUUGGCAGAA